CCAUCUUCUUCAUAGACUCGCCACAUGGAGGAAGGAAGGACUAAACUAUAAAAAAAUAAGAUUUUCAGAAGGAUUUUGAUAAAGUGAAGGGGCUCAAAAGGAAAUCCUUCUAUUUUGCCAAGGUUUAUCUGCCUAGACAUGGACAUCUUUAUGGAUAAGGAUUUUGGUGUCGGUAACUCCACACAUUCAACGGGGGGAGCGGAUAUCAACAAAGGCCAAGGACUCAAUCACAGUGACCCACUGGACAUGUUUGUUGGCAUGGAGCUUCUUCAACGAUUCAAACCUCUAUUUAUGCCUCUGUACUGCCUGAUUGUGGUUGUUGCAGGAGUUGGAAACUCAUUUUUACUGGCCUGCAUUAUGGCAGACAAGAAACUCCACAAUGCCACCAACUUCUUCAUCGGUAAUUUAGCGGCCGGUGACCUACUGAUGUGUUUAAGUUGUGUCCCACUGACUGUAUCUUAUGCCUUCGACAGCCAUGGCUGGGUUUUUGGCCAACCUCUUUGCCACUUGGUGCCCCUGCUUCAGUGUGCCACAGUGUUUGCCUCUGUGCUUUCACUUACUGCUAUUGCUGUUGAUCGCUACAUUGUUGUAGCUCACCCUGUUCGGAAAAGAAUUUCUGUUUGGGGCUGUGGGGCAGUGACUAUAGGUGUCUGGCUUUUGUCUCUGGCCCUGGCUGCACCUCCAUCUCUCUACACACGCUACCUGGACCUUCGUCCAAGUGGGAUUGACUUGGUGGUGUGUGAGGAAUUCUGGCCUGAUAGUGGCAAUCUACGGCUGCUAUACUCCUGCUUUAUUCUGAUAACCUCUUACAUGAUCCCGCUGCUGUCCGUCAGCAUCUCUUACUGUGCCAUCACUGUUAGCCUCAAGCGAUAUUCAGUUCCGGGUGAGCCAUCCGGCAGUCAACAGCGCUGGAGUCGAAGAAGAAAAAAGACGUUUUCUCUGCUGGUUGCCUCAGUGCUAGCAUUUGCCUUGUGCUGGUUGCCUCUCCAGGUGCUGAACCUUCUGUUGGACUUGGACCCAGAAUUCAUUUUCAUUGGAAAACGCUACAUUAAUGUCCUGCAAGUCAGCUGUCAUUUAGUGGCUAUGAGUUCGGCAUGUUAUAACCCUUUCAUCUAUGCCUCACUGCACAGCAAAGUGCGCAUGCAUCUGAAAGGCUACCUCUGUCCUUGCCACAGUGAUCACAGGGAAAUGGUUGAGGGAGCCCCAUCCAGAAGCUGAGUGUUGCAAACACUCUAACACCCCUUGUCAUGGGGAAUCCAUCUUUGCACACAUGACUCUUUUAAAAAUCUUAGUUAAAGGUCCUAUAGCAUGCCUUUUAAAGACUUUCAAAGUCAGCGUUUGGCACACAUAUGAUAAACUAACGCCUUUAGGUUUGCGGAUUAUUAAUUUGUUAAGAUGUAGUUUUUUUUUCUUCUAACAUGGAAGGAAACACUUGCUUCCACUAUGAAGCCGCUUCUUUUUGUCUAGUUGUAUAGUUCCAGCCACAACCCGUUAAAAGAAGGGUAUUCCUGGAAAGGGCAGGUUGACACUUUCCUAUGAAGAACAGUGUUGGCUGAUGAAUUUCAAAGGACAAGAAGGGGCUUGUGCUCAGAUUGCAAAAUUCAUUGGAAUCACUCAGACAUGCAUGAAUCAGGCAAAAAUAUCACUGUGCAUGGCUUUGACAAAGGAAUGGCAUUGCAACGUAAUUAGAAAUGGUUAAAAGCUGAUUUUGCAUGAAAAAGGCCAUUUAAUGUUUAAAAAUAUGAGAAAGUUCACAAAGUUUCAAUGUUCAUUUAAAUCGUUUCCACUCAUGAGUUUUAAGCUUUUAUCAACUUAAAGGUAUACAGUAUUCUCUUGUGUCUCCCAAGACAUAAGACGAACAGAAAAACAUUUAAACUUGACUGUAUGAUGUUAGCCAUGAUGAUCAAGUGCAGUACAACUUUAACAAUCCGUUCGAAUAUUUGUGUGUUGACAUUAAGCAGAGUCUUAAGCUUUACUGUAGAAAGCCCAGCAGAGGCGUAAACUAGUCCUGCACCCGAGAAAAGCCAGACCGAAAACAGAUGCCAAAGGCUGAUACUGGGGAUUGUUACAUUUGUCAAAAGACUUAAAUGCACUUGCAGUAAAAACUUCAGGGAGAUGGCCACAUAAUGAAUUCCUCACAACAGAUAUGGAGUAAAAGCCAAGAAGAGAAUAAGUGCAAAUUAAGUAUCUCUAUUUUAUUGAAGAUAUGGCAAAUGUCUGUUUUUUCUUUUGCUUCGCUUGCUAGCUUACAU